AUGGCCAUGAUUACGCGCAACACCGCCACGCGCCUCCCUCUCCUCCUCCAAUCUCACCGCUCUACCAUCGCCGCCGUCUCUCACCUCCACACAUCCCUCCCCGCUCUCUCCCCAUCCACAACACCGACUUCCUACACCAGACCAGGCCCUCCUUCCACCUCCCCUCCUCCUCCGGGACUCUCGAAGACGGCGGAGUUCGUGAUCUCAAAGGUAGAUGAUCUGAUGAACUGGGCUCGUAGGGGAUCGAUCUGGCCUAUGACUUUCGGCUUAGCUUGCUGCGCCGUGGAGAUGAUGCAUACGGGUGCUGCUCGCUACGAUCUGGAUCGAUUCGGUAUUAUCUUUAGGCCGAGUCCUCGUCAAUCUGAUUGUAUGAUUGUCGCUGGGACGCUUACUAACAAGAUGGCUCCCGCUCUUCGCAAGGUUUAUGACCAGAUGCCGGAGCCAAGGUGGGUGAUAUCGAUGGGAAGCUGUGCCAACGGAGGUGGAUACUAUCACUACUCUUACUCGGUGGUUCGAGGGUGUGAUAGAAUUGUGCCAGUGGACAUUUACGUCCCUGGGUGCCCUCCAACAGCUGAAGCUCUGCUCUAUGGACUCCUCCAGCUUCAGAAGAAAAUCAACAGGCGCAAGGAUUUCUUGCACUGGUGGAACAAGUGA